AUGGUUAUCUCAAGUCGGUCCAUUCACAAUCUCGCCCAACAAACAAAACACAGCAAGACAAUAAGCAUAAAACGGGAUCCCCGACCGCAUACACGCCGCCGGAACACUUGGAAAAAUCCCUAUGGAUUUUCCGAGGGCGCGCGGGCCCGCGGGGCGGGGGAAAGGAACGUAAAAGAGAAAAGCUGCGAGUUUUUAUCUCGGCGCCAUAAAUUUUAUUCGCAGCGUGAUUUAGUGCGCAGAUCGCCCCCCGCGCCCCGCGCACCGCGCCUACGCCUCGCCCGGGUAAGGCUGCUAGUCAUUGUCAAAAUUAUUGCACCCCUAUCUACAGAAGCUUUAAAUAUAUGUCCCUGUAACCCGCUGCGAAUGCCCUCGCGCGUUUUAAUUCCUAAUUCGUCCACCUAA